AUGCCACCAACUCCGGGUCAUGUGCAGGUCAACCACAUAGAUGGAAGCCGAUCAAACAACGCGGUGCACAAUUUGCAGUAUGUAACACCGGCGGAGAACGUAUCCCAUUCGUACGCUCUUGGUCGGAGGUCCUUCUCGAAGCCCGUGCUCUGGCGACGUGUUGGCGACACUCUGUGGAAUAGGUGCGAUUCAAUGCGACGGGUGGAGCGAGAGCUUGGUGUACCUCAGUCUGCUAUCUCGAAAUGCCUUACGAGAGGUACUGGGCGUUCGGUCGGAUUUGAGUUCAAGUUCGCAAUUAAAAGUCCUAAUGAAGAUGUGGAUAGCAUGGUUCCAGGCUGCAGCGCCGAGCAGUGGAAGCAGGCUAUUCAUCCCAAGACCGGCGAGACUAUCAAAGCCACGAUGGUAAGCACACUGGGAAGGAUAUUUAAGUCAGGCCGGACUUCCUUUGGGACGCUGCAUCGAAGCGGAUAUUAUGUGACUAACGGGAAGGCUGGUUGGUUUUCGGUUCACCGCCUGAUUGCAGCAACAUUCUUGGGACCUCCAUCAUCUAUGUGUUUGCAAGUCAACCACAUAGAUGGUAAUCGCAGCAAUAACAGCUGCAGCAACUUGGAGUACGUGACGCCUUCGGAAAACGUGCUACAUGCUCUUUCUCGAAGACGAGACGAAGGCAAGCCUGGACGCAGCGACGAGGACAAGCCCGUCUUCGGGUGCCGUAGCGGUGAGUCUUCUUGGGUUCUGUUUUCCUCGAUCUCGGAUGCAGCCCAGGCGGCAAACGUUUCCACAGCUUCUGUGGUGUAUCACGCCCUCAGUGACAAGAAGGCUAUUGCGGAGGGCUGGAGCUUUCGGAUGGCUUCCACUACAGAGCUUCCUGGGGAGGUAUGGCGAGAUGUCGUCCUCGGUUGA